CACUCGCCAGUGGCGCCGCCACUGAAAUGACAGCGAAAAAGUGUGUGCAAUGCGGGCGUUUUUCUCGAUAUUUUCCUGGAAAUGAGCGACAAAACCAUCCAAAAUCCCCUCUGUUGCUGUGAAUACAUCGACCGUGAUAAUGAGCGCAACCACAUUCUAGGCUGCUGCUGCAAUUGCGUGGAUCUGGAUCAGGCGGCUGACAGACUCUUCCGGUGUCAAUCCGUCACGCAGUCCCAGAAGACAAACAUGCUGCUGACGCUGCAGGAUCGCAUCCGGGCGCCGUGGUUUGGGGGCGCCAAGCGAGUUGCCACGGUGGACGUGAUUCCCAUUCUCGUCCUGCCGGCGAUGCUGUACACCGCCGCCAUCAGCCUGUACUGCUCCGUGGUGAUCUUCCUGGCCAUGGCAGCCUUCCUGUUCUACAUGUACUUCCACCUGCGACGCACGGCGCCGAGGUCGAAGUUCUUUUUCCUCUGGACAAUCUGGUCCAUUCUCUUCCUGUGGAUCCUGUUUGAGUCCACAGUGCCGAUGCUUGAGCUCCUGCCGGAGGAGAAUGUGGCCUUUCUGCUCCUUCUGUCCAUUUCACUCUUCUUUCUCUACAAAACCAAACAAUUCUCACAGAGUUGCCAGGCUGGCGCUCACAGUGCCGCCCAUGAUGCCACAGAUGAGGAUUCGGCGGCUCUGCUGACGCACGACGAGCCGGAGGACGCGGAAUUGGGCAGCAAUGUUUGCCAGCUGUGCCGGAAGCGCGUGCCGCAGCGGACGUUCCACUGCACGCCGUGCCAGACGUGCGUGGUGCGCCAGGAUCACCACAAUGUGUGGCUGGACUGCUGCAUCGGCGCCUCCAAUCAUCGCUACUACCUUCUGGGCUGCGUUCUGGGCCUGCUGACGCUCCUGUUCGGCGCCAAUCUCUCACUCACGUCCAUCUGCCAUCCCUUCCUCAUCGCCAACGUGCUGGGCGUGCACGUGCUCAUGCCGGACGACUGCACGGAUGUGUACGAUCAGUACGACAUCGCCGUGUGCUUCGUGGGCAGCGUUUACGCGCUCGCCAUGGCCACUUGCAUGGCGCUGGCGCUGCUGCAGCAGAUCUUCUUCAUCUCGCGCGGCGUCACGGGCACGGAGUGGCGCCGCGGCGAGCUCAGCGGCCAGCGGCGGCACUGCUGCACAAACUGGCGCAACUUCCUGUGCGGCAAGUAACUCACCAUUUACGCUUAGAAAAGGUGGAAAGAAGGGCGGUUUUCUAGAUAUUCUCUAGCGCGGCUCAUUAGCACGUCUAAUGGCACACACACAGUGAUAGAAGAGAGUUUGCUCAAGAGAUUCUAAUCAAAAACGCACCAUUAAAUCAAUGGAAUAUUUCAAUGGACAAAGCGAGCAAAUUCCAGGAAGAAAUGAACCAAAAAAAGUUAAGCUUUCUGUGCUUUUGGCGGGUCGAAAUGCACAGAUAUGUAUUUCUAGAGACUUUAGAAUAGAAUUAUUUAGUCAAUUGAUGAAUUUUAUGUACCAUGAAAAAGAGGGUUUUUUGCACAAAAAAACCCCAAAAGUUUGAAUUUCUACGAAAGUUUCUUCAUUCUGUCGAGAUUCUUAAGCAAUGCGCGCGCAGACUUAAACACAUUUUUUAGAGACGGAAUGUGUUGCAAAAGUAUUUAUUGUAUGGAAGAAGAAGAAAAAAACUACACACAAUUUCAAUAAUCACGCCGAGUAAUUUAGAGAGAAAAA